AUGGAUCGAGAAGACUAUGAUUCGAGAGUCCAUGCAAUGAUCAGUGCCGGUCCGUAUGAGGAAUAUAAAUUCAAAAACGGCAAAACCAAAGAUCCUCUCAACAAAAUGAUUGAGGAAGUAAAUCAUACGCGACAGACUGUGGCUCAUCUGAUGGGUGACGAGAAACUUGAAAGAAAGUUUCAUGUUCCGAAUCCAACGGUGGCAUCUUUAUACUGUCUACCGAAGAUUCACAAAGAUCCCAUUGGAAUGCGACCCAUUUCCUCCAACAUCCGCACCCCCACGGAAAAACUGGCAGCUUGGCUGGUGAAUGAGAUGAAGAAGUACCCUGUUAGGCAUGGGAAAAGUGUGAAAAACUCGAUCGAUUUGGUGAAGAGAUUGGAGGGUUUCAAAUUGCGGAGGGGGGAAAUUUUAGUUUCGUUUGAUGUCGCCGCAUUGUUUCCCAGCGUACCCGUCACCGAAGCCCUGCACAGCCUACGCCGACAUCUAGAACGCAGCCGUGCUCCACCCAACCAUAUAGAGGCAUAUCUAUCCGUAGCUCAGGUAUGCAUGAAUCAAAACUUUUUCACCUUCAGGGGAAAGUUUUUUAAACAGACGUUUGGACUUAGCAUGGGUAGCAAGUUGUCCCCACUGCUUGCAGACCUCUUCAUGAGCGACUUCGAGGAUGAAGCUCAGAAGAAAAAACUGUUUCCGAGAAUCUGGUGGCGAUAUGUAGAUGAUGUUUUCGCCCCGGUGAAGGAGCGUUACCUCGAGCAGACUCUGGCGAUGCUAAAUUCACAACACAACACAAUCAAUUUUACUGUAGAGAGAGAAGUGGAAGGGAGCCUACCGUUUCUCGAUUUAUUGAUCACCAGAAAGGAAGACGACACGUUGAAGUUCGGUAUAUACCGCAAACCCACAUCAACGGAUAGGUAUAUCACAUCUGACUCCAAUCACUUUGGAGCUCAGAAGCAAGCUGCUUUUCACUCCAUGGCACACCGGCUGUACAAUAUACCCAUGGAGCGCGACGAGUUUGAAGAAGAAAAAAGUCGUGUGGUCAAACUCGCCGGAAAGUAA